GAUCCCUUGAACGCAUUUAUAAAAUCAUCUUUUAUCAUCACAUCAUCGUUCACAGUCGAAGAGCCGCACAAAACCCUAGCUUGGAGCUGUACUGUAGGCAGGCAACCAUGACUUUCAAGCGCAGGAACGGUGGCAGGAACAAGCACAACAGGGGACAUGUCAAUUUCAUCCGCUGCUCCAACUGCGGCAAGGCCUGUCCUAAGGACAAGGCGGUAAAGAGAUUUAUCGUCAGGAACAUUGUCGAGCAGGCAGCUAUCAGGGAUGUUCAGGAAGCCAGUGUCUACGAUGGCUACGCUCUGCCGAAGCUGUACGCCAAGCUGCAGCACUGUAUCUCGUGCGCCAUCCACUCUCACGUCGUGAGGGUCAGGUCCCGCACCAACCGUAGGGUUCGUACCCCACCGCAGCGUUUCGCCAGACGCAGGGAAGACAUGCCUAAGCCAGGGCAACCAGGACAGGCUCCCCGUGUCCCCGGAGCUGGAGCUGCACCCCGCACCUGAGAUUCUACAGACCUUGCUUCCUUCCCCCAAUCCAUGUUCACUAGUUUCUUUUAACGUUGUCUGAAAUUUUACUUUGGGGAUGCUUUUAUAUUUGUGAUUUUGAUCUCUCGAGUUCAAAUGCUUUGAGACUUGCUAUAGUUAUUCGACUCAGACCAGAUGGUUUUCUUGUCCAUGGAUUUCGCCUUCCGCUUUAAACUUUUAUAGGGGUGCUCUCUGACACCCUACUUGA